GUCUCGGUCACUCCGCGGAACUGGCGUUUGCCCUGGAGCCUAGCGAUGACGUUGCUGUCCCUGGGGAGCCCGUAGUGCUGGGCUGCAAAGUGGAGGGGACCCCUCCCGUGCGAAUCACCUGGAGGAAGAACGGGGUGGAGCUGCCCGAGAGCACCCACACCACCUUGCUGGCCAAUGGGUCCCUGCUGAUCCCUCACUUCUGGGUGGAGCGGGCAGGCAGCCUUUCCGACGAGGGCGACUAUGAGUGUGUGGCCCAGAACCGCUUUGGGCUGGUGGUCAGCCGCAAGGCGCGCAUCCAGGCUGCAACCAUGUCGGACUUCCACGUGCACCCGCAGGCCACCUCGGGCGAGGAAGGCGGUGUGGCCCGCUUCCAGUGCCAAAUCCACGGGCUUCCCAAGCCCCUGAUCACGUGGGAGAAGAACAGAGUACCCAUCGACACGGACGACCAGAGGUACACGUUGCUGCCCAAGGGUGUCCUGCAGAUCACAGGCCUCCGGGCCGAGGACAGUGGCGUCUUCCACUGUGUGGCCUCGAACAUCGCCAGUGUCCGGAUCAGCCACGGGGCCCGGCUCACGGUGUCGGGCUCGGGCUCUGGGGCCUACAAGGAGCCAACCAUCCUGGUGGGGCCUGAGAACCUCACCCUGACGGUGCACCAGACCGCGGUGCUGGAGUGCGUCGCCACGGGAAACCCGCGCCCCAUUGUGUCCUGGAGCCGCCUGGAUGGCCGCCCCAUUGGGGUGGAGGGCAUCCAGGUGCUGGGCACGGGGAACCUCAUCAUCUCCGAUGUGACGGUGCAGCACUCGGGCGUCUACGUGUGUGCGGCCAACAGGCCGGGCACGCGGGUGAGGAGGACGGCUCAGGGCCGGCUGGUGGUGCAAGCGCCAGCCGAGUUCGUGCAGCACCCGCAGUCCAUCUCCAGGCCGGCAGGGACCACGGCCAUGUUCACCUGCCAGGCGCAGGGGGAGCCACCGCCCCACGUCACGUGGCUGAAGAACGGGGAGGUGCUGGGGCCCGGAGGCCAUGUGAGACUCAAGAAUAACAACAGCACGCUGACCAUUUUGGGCAUCGGCCCCGAGGAUGAGGCCAUCUACCAGUGUGUGGCGGAGAACAGUGCGGGCUCGUCCCAGGCCAGUGCCAGGCUGACGGUGCUGUGGGCCGAGGGGCUCCCCGGGCCCCCACGCAAUGUGCGGGCCGCCUCUGUGUCGUCCACCGAGGUCCGAGUGUCCUGGAGCGAGCCCCUGGUCAACACCAAGGAGAUCAUAGGCUACGUCCUGCACAUCAGGAGGGCUGCGGAUCCUCCGGAGCUGGAGUAUCAGGAAGCAGUCAGCAAGAGCACCUUUCAGCACCUGGUGAGCGACCUGGAGCCCUCCACAGCCUACAGCUUCUAUAUUAAGGCCUACACACCAAGGGGGGCCAGCUCAGCCUCCAUCCCCACCCUGGCCAGCACCCUGGGAGAAGCUCCUGCCCCACCCCUGCUUUCUGUGAGGGUCCUGGGCGGCUCCUCCCUGCAGCUGCUGUGGGAGCCCUGGCCCCGGCUGGCCCAGCACGAGGGCGGCUUCAAACUCUUCUACCGCCAGGCGGGCAAGGCCUCCUUCACCGGCCCCAUCCUGCUGCCCGGAACUGCUUCCUCCUACAACCUCAGCCAGCUUGACCCCAGCGCCGUGUACGAGGUGAAGCUGCUCGCCUACAACCAGCACGGUGACGGCAAUGCCACGGUCCGCUUCGUGUCCCUCCGGGGGGCAUCGGACAAGACAGCCCUGAGCCCACCCUGCGACUGCCGGAAGGAGGAAGCUGCCAACCAGACAUCCACCACGGGCAUCGUCAUUGGCAUCCACAUCGGGGUCACCUGUAUCAUCUUCUGUGUCCUCUUCCUCCUGUUCGGCCAGAGGGGCAGGGUCCUCCUGUGUAAGGAUGUAGAAAAUCAGCUCUCGCCUCCCCAGGGUCCCCAGGGCCAGAGGGACCCUGGUGUCCUGGCCCCAAAUGGCGUGGCCCGGGGGGAGCGGGGCCAGCUGGGGCAAGAGGAGAAGCACGUGGACACCAAGGAACUGGAGCAGCUGUGUCCCCCGGCAGGAGCGGCAGGGUGGCCAAGCCCCAGGCCCACUGACCCCACAGGCCCUGCCAUGUGUGAGGAGACCCAGCUGUCCAUGCUGCCACUUCAGGGGCUCAGCCUUCCGGACGGGAGGACACCAGAGGCCGUGGACCCCGUGGUUGUCCGGCCACCCCAGGACGGAGGCCACGGUCUCCUCAGUGAAGGACAGGCUGCCCAGCCAGCUCGCCUGGGACAGUAGCCAGUGUCUGGCCAGCUCUGGAGGCGGGAAGCCCCCCGAUUCUCAGGUCACAGGCAAGAUUUUCCUGUCAUGUGGGAGUCAGACGGCCCUGGGGGUGGCCCUGCAUUUCUGUCCUGACUACAGGAGGGGACCCCUCUGGGAGAUGAGGGGUCCCUGCAGGAGCCCCCGUCCCUGGCUGAUGUCUGGCCACUGCUGCCUGGCACCCACGUGACUUGGAACCGAGCUAAAGUUUUCCUUUAAAAAUCAAAACUGAAAAAGAGAGAGAAAGAAGAGAAAGGAAGGUGAAUUAGACUCCAAAAAUUUGCCCCUGCUGCGCCGGGCCCGACAUGGUCCCCUGGCCGACCUCGUUUUCUCAGGAUGGAUUUUGCUGUGUUGGCUCUCAGCACCUACCUCAGCCGGAAUGAAUGUCCUCGGGGAGGGGACGGCACCCCGGGCCCUGCCCCUCAGAGCCGAAUGCACGCCUACCUCAAGCCCCUCCGUGGGCUCCUUUCCCACCCCCUUGUUGUCCAGAGUUUAAGAAAAAAAAGAAAAAAGAAAAAAAAAAAAAGCGAGCCCCCAUGUCCAGGUGUGAAAGAAACUGUCUACCUCAAGGCCCGAACCUCUGCGGCCAUGCUGUCACUGGACCUUCUUCCUGGCCCUCCUCCUCUUCCUCCUCCACUGCCCGCAGCUCUCCAAGAGAGGAGGCAGAGUGACCAAGGGGGCCAGAAAUAAAGAUGGAAUGGGUCAGAGAGAAAAUGUGAAAGAAGCCAAAAAUGAGAGGAAAUUUGCUCCUCAAAGUCUGAAUUGUCCCAAACUCGCCACCUCCCAGGCCUGCUGCCUGUGCUCCGUCUCCUGCCACCUGUCCACUCCUGUGUGACCCUCUCAGCCUGCCCACCCUCCACCGGGCUCCCCGUGGCCGCCCCCCCCCGAGGCUGGGACAUCACCCUGUUUGUGCCUCCUGUCCUGCACAUGCAGGACCCGGGCCUGGCCUGGCCCCCGGAAUGUACCACGUGUGGGACAGUGGCAUGCGUGUCCCCGGCGGAGGUGCCCAGGCCUCCGUGUCGUGGGCCGCGGUCACCCUGGCCCACCCGCUGGACGGUAAAACCACCGCUGUGAGCAGAUGUGGCCAGGAGCUAUUUUUAUACGAGGUGUGUUUAAGGGUCAUGUUCCUGUGACUUUUUGUUUCUCUUUUUCUGUUGUGUUGUUCUUUGAACUACUUAGGUAAAGAAGAAGGAAGGAAAAAAAAAAAAAGGAAACAAAUACCUAUUUUUGGUUACGCUCAGAACAUUUUUUAAAAUAGCAGAAAGAAAUUUUUUUUUAAAAGAAAACGAAAAGAUAAGUGUAUUUCUUAAGGAUGAGAUUAGAACAUGAAGUUCUGACAACCCCCACCGCCACAGCCCUCUAGGGACACCCCACCCCGAACUUUAGUUAAUUAGCUGAAGAAAGUAGAAUUUGUGGUGUUUUCCUAGAACACUAGAGUUGUAUCCAUGUGGACUCCAGAAGGGCAGUCCCUCCCUUCUCCCGAGUGACAGUGUCCCCUCAGUCCUGGCCCCUCCUUUGAGAGGAGGGGCUGGGGCCCACUUGGCCUGGCUUGGGUUUUGUCACACUCUCCUCAUUUUGACUGAAUAAAAGUCCUGUUGCCAAAGUGAA